GCUGGCCGAUCGGCCUGAUCAGCGGAAACCUCCUCCCUCCGGAGGGGCUGCCUCGGAUCCCACCACCUGGAGCAGCAGGCUGCAGCUUCUGACAUGGAUUUGCUCUUGAUCUGCCCCUUUCUGUUCACACUGGCGUUUUCCAAGAGCAGCUUUGCAGACCUACAAAAACAGAGGGUGGACUCUGGCUUGGAGAUCUAUAAGAAGCUGUUUGAGGUAAAGCGCAAGGACCAGAUGAACGCGCUAAAGAACCUUAUCGAGCUCAAUGACGUGAACCAGCAGUACAAGAUCAUUGACAUCAUGCUCAAGGGACUCUUCAAGGUGCUGGAGGACUCCCGGGCUGUGCUGAUAGCUGCAGAUGUGCCGCCAGAUGGGCCUUUUCCUCAGGAUGAGAAGCUAAAGGAUGCGUACUCCCACGUGGUGGAGAACACGGCCUUCUUCGGAGAUGUCGUCCUGCGCUUCCCCAAGAUUGUGCACCACUACUUCGACCGCAACUCCAACUGGAACAACCUCAUCCGCUGGGGGAUUGGUUUCUGCAACCUGACGGGGGUGUUUGAGCAGGGACCUCACUCCCAGGUCCUGGGGCUGAUGGCUCAGGAGCUGGGGAUCAGCGAGAAAUCUCCUGAUUACCGCAAUCCCUUUAAAAGCGACCACUCGGAGUUCUUCCCCGGCGCGGACACCUUCCAGAAGGCGCUGCGGGAUGAAGAGAAGCGGCGGAGGAAGGAGGAGAAGCGCAAGGAAAUCCGCAAGGGCCCGCGCAUCUCGCGCUCGCAGUCCGACUUGUAG